CAGUGAAUGGCUGUGAGGAGCAAUAUCCUCUCACAUACACACUGAUCCAUGCUUUACACACGGUGAAGACAGUGCUGAACGAGCUGAAUGAGGAUCUUCAGAGCUGCUGAGCGGUCAUUAGAAGGCUGUUUGUUCUGUAGUAAGUUAAUAAGUGCUGAUUAAGCUGCUUUCAGUCUGUCUGUGGUCUGUGGUUUGUUGUGGUGAAUGUACCGGUGCUCGUUCACCUCAACUUAGAGUGAAUUUUGAGAAGAAUUGAACCCAGCCUCUUCAGAAUGGACCGACUGCUGAAAAGAUGCCACAUCAAGAACCGACUGGUGAAAGAAUGCCUGGCUGAGUUUCUUGGAGUGUACAUUUUAAUACUGUUUGGCUGUGGCUCAGUUGCUCAGGUGACGACAUCCCAGAACACUAAAGGAGAAUACCUGUCAAUCAAUCUCGGAUUUGCACUGGGAACUACUUUUGGAAUCUAUGUGUCGAAAGGUGUAUCGGGAGCUCAUCUGAACCCGGCUGUGUCUUUAAGUCUGUGUUUCCUGGGCAGGUUCUCUUGGACUCGACUUCCGUUUUAUGUCGUCUCGCAGGUUUUCGGGGCCUUCCUGGCUGCGGCCACUGUAGCUCUGCAGUACUAUGAUGCCAUUUUCCAGUUCAGUGGGGGUGAAUUUACAGUGAGUGGUGCCACAGCCACAGCAGGUAUAUUCUCUACUUAUCCUGCAGACUACCUGAGUUUAUGGGGAGGAAUCGUAGAUCAGGUAAUUGGCACAGCAGCUCUGCUGGUGUGUGUUCUGGCGCUGGGAGAUGUCCGCAACACGCCAGCCCCUGCUGGUCUGGAGCCGGUUCUGGUGGGAGCGGUUGUCUUGGUAAUUGGCAUUUCAAUGGGUUCUAACAGUGGCUACGCCAUCAACCCUGCACGAGACCUCGGACCCAGAGUGUUCAGCUGGAUUGCCGGCUGGGGUGUUGAAGUUUUCAGGGCUGGAGGCGGAUGGUGGUGGGUGCCUCUGGUGGCCACCUGUGUCGGUGGUCUUGUUGGCUCAUUGAUUUACGAGUUGGUGAUUGCUGUGCACCAUCCUUUGCCAGACAUGACAAAGGAAGUGAACAUGGACGGUGUACAAGAAGAAAACUCAGAAAAACCAAAAGAAAUCCCCACAGCCUGGCAUCAGGUUGCAUUGUGAGGAAUCCUGGAGGUGGAAGGUAGGGUUUGGAUUCUUUUUUGAUGUGCAGAUUACCCACUUUGGUCCUGGAAUUCCUUCUAUUUUUCUGCACAUUUUGGAGUUUUCCAUGCUCCCAACGCACCCAUUUGAACUCUUGAACUCAUACAAUCCUUUGUUGGACAGUGGAGAGGAGCAGUGUGUAGGUAGAUGGGAUUAAUUUCAGGAAAGAACAUGGCUAUGUUCAGACAGCCAAUCCAAAUACAGUUUUUGCAAGCUCAAUUACCCAAUCCCUGUUGAUAACUCCCCUUACCACUAGUAAUGCCCCCAAAACUAGGAGCGAAUCAAAGGGCAUCCCAUAAUACGAUAUUAUCAUGAUAUUUCGCUUACGAUAACGAUGACAUCACGAUACAAAAUUUUCAACUAAGAACAUUUUCGCAAGACAAUUUGCUUCACUGCAUCUGUGUUACUAAAGAGGAUACUCCUAAAUAAUUAAAUACCAGGAACUAUAGAUAUUUAUUGGUGUCAGUUUCACAAAAAAAUUGCAUCCAGUUUUCUUCACCACAGGUUUACCCUAUUCGAUCAUUUUGAUUAGCGCCACCACAUGGAGUAAAGAAGCAGAAACUUUAGUGAGUUUUAGGGAUUUUAAAGCUUCUAUGUCUUAAUAGGGAUAUAUUGCACCACCCCUAGUGAAGACAGAACAUGCCUCCCCUGAUACAUUUAAAGGCAGCCACCACCUCUUUUCAACUGCUGCUGACACAAAAUUACAGUGUAACCUCCUGCCACACACCGUAAUUACACUUUGGGUGCACGUUUCCACAGAGAACUCCCUGGUCGUCCUGUUCUUUUAAUUGCAGUCCGGAUGCAAGAGUUUUAUCACUGAAUAGAAGUCUGAAAUAUUUUUCACAGACGUCCCCCUGAGAAACUAAUCCCGUCUGGAUAGGGCUUUAGACUGGAGUUUCUGGCCACUGGAAUCAGGUAUCAACAUGUCUUUUGUCUCACUAACAACGUGAUAAACAACAAUCUCAUCAAAUGAAUGAAAGAAUGAUGAAAGUUUGGAAAACCAAGAAGUGUUAACGACCUUGUUAACACAAUAACCCAUGCAAAUAUGUUUGUGAUGUCUGGUCACACAAAUCUGUUCUGGGGUGGGUUUCCCGAAAGCUUCGUAAUGCUAAGAACUUCGUUAACUCGUACUUAAGAUUGAUCGUUAAUUAAAGAGUGUUUCCCAAACCCGUGCGUAACUAAAGUACUACGUAAACUCUCUCGCAGAUUAACGAGUGCCCUCACCCAGUCGUUAUUUUUAGAGAGCUUCUUUAGGGGAUCUCUACUUGCAGUUCAGCACCUUAAACACCAGGGACCGCCAAUUUUAAG